AUACGGCCAGGGAUGCCGGCGCGCACAGCAGCAGCGGCGUGGCUCACGAGGAGCGUACUCCGGCGCGCGGCCACCGUUCCGUGCGUGCGUCCACCUAGAGCGUCGGCACUGCCCGCGGACCGAACGCGCCCCCUGACGGCCGGUGAGCGGCGCUGCAGCUGGAAGUUCCCCGCGUUGUCGGCGGCUUUGGUGGCUCCUCUCGCUCCGUGCGGCCCGAGACCCUCGCGCGCCCUCCACGCCUGCGACAUGACGUCUGCGUCGGCCAACGCGAGCGAAGACAUGACCCAGAGGAUGGUGUGGGUCGACCUGGAGAUGACUGGGCUCAACAUAGAGAAGGACCAGAUCAUCGAGAUGGCCUGCAUCAUCACAGACCCGGACCUCAACAUCGUGGCAGAGGGUCCCAACCUCAUAGUCAACCAAUCGGACGAGCUCCUGGAUGGGAUGUCCGAGUGGUGCAAGGAGCAUCACGGGAAGUCGGGCCUGACGCAGGCGGUGCGAGACAGCAGGAUCAGUCUACAGCAGGCUGAGUACGAGUUCCUGUCCUUCGUCAGACAGCACACCCCGCCGGGACACUGUCCGCUAGCAGGUAACUCUGUACACGCUGACAAGAAGUUCUUGGACAAGUAUAUGCCCCAGCUGAUGCGUCACCUGCACUACCGCAUCAUCGACGUGAGCACCGUGAAGGAGCUGUGCAGACGCUGGUUUCCAGAAGAGUACAAGCUGGCUCCUCAGAAAAAAGCAUCGCACAGAGCGCUGGACGACAUCAGGGAAAGCAUUAAAGAGCUGCAGUUCUACAAGACCAACGUCUUCAAAGCUCAGGCGGAGGAAAAGAAACGUAAAAUUGUGGAAAAUGGGGAGAACGGCAAAUGUGUGAGAUAAGUGUGUGUGUGUGUGUCAGUGAAAGAGAGAGACCGCAAAUACGGAUAGUCAGUUCAACAGCCAAGGGAACGCCAAUCAGUGUCCGGGACCCAUUCCUUCAUCGCUUCCGUGGCGAUGGUAGUGUCCUUGUUUUCGAACGUUUUUGUUUCUUCGGGGGGUUCUCCUUGAAAUGACCAAGAGGAACACCGUCAGCAGUCGAGCUGGACUGUUCUUCAGCAUGGAGCACGCAUGCUUUUCUUUUGAUUUCUGUCAUGAAUUAAAAGUAAAUAAAACAAUAUUAUCUCUAUUCUAAGCACAUUUUCUCUUUCCGGCGACCCGGCAGAGACUCCUUGUGGCUUUGGCUGUGUUUUCUUUAAAUUUUCUUUUUUCGUUCCCGAAGUUGAUCUUUCGAGGCUGACGUGGAAAGUGUGAGCUGUUUUUAGCACAGACAUGUUUGAGCGACUUAGCCAUUAAUGUAUUUAGGAAAAAAAUAUUACAUUUAAGUUUGCAUUGAAUACUGUGAAAUCCUACCAAUA